AAAAAAGAAGGGAAACAAAUCACCGAUAUUCAAUAGCAGCGGGACAGAGUGAAAAAUCCAUAGACCUUUUGGACAACCGAAUGGACACUGUGAUAAUAAAGAUGAACUUCCCUGCUGAUGAUACCGUAUCAAGAAUCAAAGAAAUCAGCAAGGCGAUCUUAUGAAUCAGAAGUAUAUAUAUAUUGCUAUUGUUAUUUUUCGUGUACUACAUAAAAUUCAUCUCAAUAACUUCGCUUCAUCUUUCUUAGAGCAGUUAUCAGGUAAUUUGUAGCGUGGAUAGUGAUAACUAUCCAGAGUACAGCCUACAUUGUUCUUUAAAUUAUGGUUGGAUAAACUAAAUGGACAAACUCGUCAAGAUAUUACGAACUGCAUUGAUAUUUAGUAAUCCGACUUCUUGAUACAUAUUCAGCAGUUUAAAAUAAAAAGUUGUAUGCAUUCCUAUGUGUCACUGGCUUGCGAAAUAUAAUGUUACUUGAAAGAUCGAUGACUAAACAACGAUACUGAUAUUGUCAUUCGAUGUUAAAAGGCUCUCAAUUUAAAUACUCAAGGUCGUGAGGAGAUAUGUAUAUGAGAGACUGUAUUAUUCAUCGCUAAUCAAAUGUUAGAGGAAAGACUACAUUUGGAGUUGGAAAAUCUAAAAACUGAUCUGACAGUGACUGCUCAGCAACUGAAUGCCAAGACACAAGCAGUUUCAAUUUUGAACGCCUCAUUGGAAAAGUGCAAAAAAGAGAGAAAUGAGUUCAAGAGAAUGGCAGAACAAGUAAUGAAUCGAUACCAGAUGCUUAAAAAAACUCUUAUGGAAUGUGAUAAAGCAGACCAAUAUUCUACCCCUGAUAUAAUGCAUUUAUCGACUAAACAACUUGCUUCUUUGUUAGUUGAAAGCAGAGAAGCUAACAAAAGUUUAGAACAUGAACUAAUGAAUUCUCGCGAAAAAAUUGAAGAACUCCAAGGAGAUAUUAAGGUGUUGAGGAGACAACUUAGCGAUCGUUCAUGUGAAAACCAGCACACAAUGGAUCCUAGAAUUUCUGGGAAUGAUCGCCAAACCUACGUAACUCAGUUGGAAGAGCUUACUUUUCAGGUUUCUGAACUCAAACGCGAAUUGGGCCAAUGUUUUGAUGAGAAACAAGAAAUUGCAACGGAACGAGAUAUAUAUCGUAAUAAAUGUGAUCGACUGAACAAUGAAUUAAAUUAUAUUUUAAGUGGAGAUGAACGAAAAAUUCAAGAUAUCGAUACCUUAAUAACUGAAAGCAGAAUCUUGAAAGAGCAAAUCCAAUCGCUGGAAAUGGAAAAGUCUUUAGCAUUGAGCACAGUAACUAAAUAUAAAAAACUUUUAGAUCGAAAGUUGUCAAAAAACUCAUCAGUUAGCAGUGAAAGUUGUAUAACACCAGCAACUUCACCUAAACAUCAAGAGAAGACAAUUUGACAUGGAACAACAUUUCACUGAAGAUGCUCUUGAAACAGCUUUCAGAUGGAUGAGUAACCUGCAUUCGUAUUAUGCAUUCAAAUCAUGAUACCUUGAGACAUUGUCAUUCAACAUCGCUGUGAUAUAUAUGCUCGUGUGAUUAUUAUUAUUAUUAUUAUUAUUAUUAUUAUUAUUAUUAUUAUUAUUAUUAUUAUUAUUAUUAUUAUUAUUAGAAAAUUUCACCCAUUAGUAACAGUCAUUGUCAGCUUAUUGGAUAAAACAAUCAACAAUAUUUUAAUUUGUAAUAAAUAUGAAUAUUUUUUUAUAUUUUUAUGUAUAUCUUAGCACAAUGCAUAUGAAUUAUUAUUACUAUUCUGAUUAUUAUCUCUCCGCCUUCAUAUGUUUGCUCAUAAUAAUGCAGUUUGGGGUCAUAACAAUAGUAGUGACAAUAAUACUUGACAUGACCCUGACUUACGUCACAUCAUAGCGUUCAAUAUAUUAACUGAACAACAAUUUGUGUUAUUUCUUUUACUUCUCUGAAAUUCCUCUUGUAUAAUAUUCAUUCAUAGCUUUGCUUUUUGUCUUAUUGAUGAAAAAAAAUGUCAUAUCAUUGUAAAAUGAAACAAUUUCACCCUUUUCUCCGUUGUACUCGAUUAAAUUUGUAUUAAAUUUAAACAGUUA